AAAAUUUUUUUUAAUAAAACUCAUUACUCUCUCUCUCUCUGAAAAGAGUGCUUUGCAGAUCAACUCUGCUCUCGCUCUCAUUCCAUCCCAUCACAAAUGGUGCUACAUCAACGAACCAAGCAGGCAUUCCAGUCCAAGGACCUCUCUGUCCCCUAUGCUCCUUGCUGGUCUCUCUUGCUCGAGCCUUUCGCCCUUGCCCUUAGUGUGGAUCAAAAACAGCAACAGCAACAGCAACAGCAACCACUUGUGCAGGCAUGGAUCGACUUUGUUCAAUCAUCCAAGCAUGAACAAGAGGCUUUUGGUCGUACAACCUCACAGCAACAAGCUGCAGCAUUCAAGAAACUAGAGCAGGCUGUCAAGGCACAGAAGGAGAAAAACCCUCAACUUCUGGAACAACAUGAUUUUCAAAAAGCAUUUUCUCAAUUCAUUUCUCUUUAUUAUUUCUCUUCUGCAAAAUUGGCCUCACGGAAACAGAUCUUUGCAUUGAUCCAGACAUUACAACCUUAUUUUCAGCCUGAUGAAUCCGAUCCCAACGGAACCAUUGUCACAGCCCUCCGAUCGGUGAUUAUGAAUAGUAUCUUUGCUCUGGAACCAAUACUAACAACAGCAGCAGCAACAGCAACAGCAACACAAUCACAAUCACAAUCACAAUCACAACCACUAGGGGUAAAGCCCCAGAUUCAGAUCGAGAUGGCAUGGCAUCAGCGAACCCUCUGUUUGUACACAACUCUCGAUUAUACUAUGGGAAGGACUGCUCUCCAUGCCGACAUGGACAUUAUUCUCGAUCAACUUUCUCAACUAUUGCAAGCUCGUGUCAUCACCACAAAUGUUCAGGUUGGACGGGAUCAUAUUCCAGCCGAAUACACUGAGGCCAUGCUAGACCUGGAAUUCAUCCUCAAGCUCAUCCUCGCCAUUAUCUCGCGUCUAAUCGUCACCUCAAACGGCUCUUUACCAUCUUCACCAUCAGCAGCGUCCUCUACUUCUACUCUUUCUACUUCUCCUACUUCCAAUUCCAAUCGGUUUGAAAUAUCAUCCACACAUAAUCCACCCCAGUACAUUCUUCGGAUCCUAAAAGACGCCAUCACAGUCUCUUCCUCUCCUGUCUACCAUCGCGAUCUCUCCUCCAUUUCUGGAAUGAUCUUUGCAAAUCUGAUCGACUUGACCUCUCCAACCAUUCAAGAGGUCACAAGGCGAACCGUCCAACUUGUCUUUGGAGAAACAUCAGGCAUGGACACUGUUGACUUGACAUCCUUACCACAGAUCCCUCGAAACAUGGUCGAAAUGGACUUUGGAUGGAACACCUACCUGGGCGAGAAAUGUGGACCAGGAGAGGAAGACGCUGGCAUGUAUAUGUUGGGCAUCGUCCGUGGAUUAUUAACAAACAUCCGUCAGGAAGCUCUCGUCAUGCCCAUUCAACCUGUCUCAACCUGGUAUGCUCCACCUGUGUUCCAUGAUCUUCAAAAAAGAGGACAACAGGAUCGACCGAAGGCAGCGGAACAAGAGAGUGGUCUUGUGCUUCAUCAAGUUCUCUUCCAUGCAAUCGCUUAUUUGUGUGCUACCUCUAGAGAUAUCUCCAGUAAAACCUUUGCGUUCGAAACCAUGGGACAUUGGCUUCAACAAACCAAACUUCAUCUAAGUGAAAAAUCCCUUGCGUCUGCUCAGAUGAAGGAGGCACUAGCCAACUGUAUUGAUGAGCAGGCUCAGGAGAAAUUAUCGACCUAUGUUCUAGAUUAUUGGGAGGAUCCAGUCGAUACAGUCCAACAUAAAGUCAAGAAUAUUCUAGAGUUACUCCUUGAUAUUGUCUAUCUCAAAUCCAGAUUACGAUCAGAGUCAACGACCCCCGAUUUUGUCAUUCAACUGCUGGGACGUAUCCUCAUGGCCGAUGGUCAUCGCAAGUCAAAGUAUCCUAUCCUGGCCAUCUUGGUUGGAAGGGUAUCGAUGGCUGAAGUCAUUGCGCUUCGUCAGGACGCUUUAGCACAGGCCAUCUUGGCACUAGAUCAGCUUGCAACAGCACCAGGAGCUGCUGUGGCGAUCAAUGCAAUGAUCGGGAAAUCCUGGAAAGAGUGUCUGGAGCUGGAUUCCCUUCAUGCCAACGUGUUGAUCCCAGUGACAACAACCAAAAAAAAUGCAAAGAAUAAUACAAGCGAAUAUGUAGAGAAAUCAACUCAGGACUCAGAGGCACUUCAGCAGGUUCGAAAGACGGCAAUACAACCCUGGAUUGACUUUUGGCUUAAGCCUAUAGCUCAAGCACUCACAACAGAGAACGACCUAAUUCGCAAACAUUUAGGCCACUUCAUCUUCUCACCCCUGUUCUCUACCUGUCCUGAAGCAUUCUGGACAUUACUGGAGGUGCUCAAUGACCAGAGUGGGACCUACUCUAGCUAUAUCUCUGAUGCACAGUAUCGCUUCAAUGCUAUCGUCCUUGCCAUCAAGAUCGGUCGUUCACUAGACUUGGUAGACUCCAGUAAUUAUGUUGACGACAGCAACAACGUUUCUUCAUCCUCAUCAGCUGAUCUCACAAAAUCAUCCAAAAUUCCAAUUUCAAUCCUCCAUGAUGCCAUGUACCAUGCCUCUGGUGAUAUCCGACUGGAUGUAUUAGGCAUUCUCUGUGAAUCCAGACGCUCUACCACCCCUGUCUCCUCCAUCGAGUAUCGGCUUUUGAAACAGUUCCUCCCGCUCAACCUGAAUUCAGUGAUUCCUGAUUUUCGACAAAAACUCUACACUCACUUGGCUAAAUUCCUGACCCGUGUCCGUGGAAACUGUUUUGUUUUGGCGAGAGAGAUCGCUCGUCUUUAUACCCCUGUCGGUAAAAAGAACCUGACACAGGAACAAGUGGAUAGGAUGAUCAAUGAACGGGAAGCUAAAGUGGCGGAAACAAAGGAAUUUCUAGAAUGGCUGCUGGAUCUCUUGUUCUCAACUGUGUACCCUGGAGCGUCCUUCCAGCGGGUCUCUACGAGUUUGAGGAUAUUGGGCGUCAUGAUCAAGACGUUCGGGAUCGAGAGCACACCUUUACCUUCCGGUUCUAAACCGGAUGAGGUCUCCAAUUUCCCAUUCCAACUUCCUAUCGCGACAGAGGAGCGUACAAAGAUCCUAUUGGGCUGUCUUUUGAAUCCAUUCGAUCAUUGUCGUGAGCAGGCCCUUGAUAUCCUCAUGACAUUCAAGGCCCCUUAUGCAGGAUAUGAAUCUAAAGAAUCCGUAGAUAGCCUAGUACGCUGGGGUCUGGACUGGCUCAAGAGCACUAGAGCUGGUGAGAGUGAUUCUGGUGGAUUAGUGAUGAAAACCAUCUUUGUAAAGUAUGCGAUUGAACUUGGAUGGGACAUCAAACUGCCUUAUGGUGAUGUGGGCGAAGUCUCUAAUGUGAACUUUGCAAAAGAAACAGGAAACCCAGCAGUCGAUUUUACAAUUCGUUUACAAAAUCUACUCCGCAUUCAACUUGAGAAGGCGCGCUUAAACCAAUUGAAUGCGGCACAUCACCAUCCUUUACAUGGCAGUUUGAUAGGCCUCCGCUAUCUCUUUUCUUCGAUCGACUAUGCAUCUCCAUUGGUUACAAAUCAUCGCCCCUUAUGGCAGACCGUUCAUGCGGAUAUGAUGGAUCUUGUAGAAAGUGUCUGUGGUACUGUCAUGGGUGUCUUGUCGAACCCUUCACCGGAGGGCAACAUCCCCGCCACGUUUACAGAAAUGGAAGAAUCGAUCGACGCAGUGAUUAGCGCCUCUGGAGGGGAUGAAAUGGAACAAAGUGGUGGUCCCAACCAUCAAGUCAUCCUCAGUUACUGUUGGAGAGCUAUUAAAGAGUCUUCCUCCUUGAUGGAACUUGUAUUGUCCAAGGCCACCAUCAUCAGCAGUGCACUCAAGACCGAUGGCGUUUUACAACCCGUGGUACUCGACCGAGCAGGUGGGCUCUUCCGUCGACUGUUGACCACCAUUCGCCAUCCAGGAGCCUUCUCUUCUGUCUUCCCUGCCUAUAUCUCACUCUGCACUCGACUUUUGAACUCUGAGGAUGCUACUCUAGCUGCAUUACCUAGAGCAUGGUUGGAAGAGAACCUAGAUGCGAUUUUGAGUGAUUCCAUUUCUGUGACUCGAAGGUCUGCCGGCUUACCUCUCUGCAUCCUCGCUCUUGUGAAUGCAGAACUCUCAGAUAGUCGACGUACUUUGUUACCGAUGGUCAUGCGACGUGUCAUGGCCAUUGCUUUGAAGCCUGUGAGCCCAGACGCUAACCAACAGGUGGACCUUCCACAGAUUCAUGCCAUGAAUGUGCUUCGACGACUCUUUAUGGAUGCGAAGCUCAGUACUUCGGUCCUGCCGUAUGUCGGACAAGGUCUUGAGCUCUCCAUCCGUGCGUUCUCUUCCCCAUCAUGGGCUGUACGCAACUGUGGUGUGAUGUUGUUCUCCACAUUACUUCAUCGCGUCUUUGGAGCGAAACGAGUCCGUGACGAGCACUUGGCGAUCAAUGGUAUCACGAGCCGUGAGUUGUUUGCUCGUCUGGAAGACUUGCGUGGGUUCCUUCAAGGUCAAUUGGAGGUUGCAGUCAGUCAACUGUUGAAUGCAGAAUCGCCGUCAUCAUCGUCGUCCUCUACAGACCGUGUCCAUCCAGGAUUGUAUCCUGUCUUGACACUCUUGUCGAGGCUACAACCCAGUUUACAUCCAGAUCCAGCAGAUGCUGUAGAUGGAGGCAUGUCUGUGUUUGUUACUCUGGUUCGUCGUUGUGCUGCCAGUGCGAUUUGGAAGACACGUGAGAUGGCUGCUCGUGCUUUGAUCCCCUUGAUCGCCUCUCGAGACUUGAUGGAUCUUGUGUUGGAUAUCCUGCAAGGAUGCUUGAGACCUACUAUUUCCCAAAAUGAGACACAUGGGUUGCUUGUUCAAGUCCAGUUUCUUUUACGUGGGCAUCUCUUGGGCGAAGGAGUUGCCGAUCGAGUGGUCCGUCGGUCGUUUGUCACUCGAUUCGCAGAGAUGUUUGGUCCAGUGUCAGAACAUGUUCUCAAAACAGGUUGUUCUAUCAAUCAGUGGAUGAUCCUUUCAAUCUGCACAGAAUUUAUCUUUGGUCAGGACUGGAUCGGACAAGAUAACACGGUCGAAACAGAGGCAGGAGAGGGUAAGGGCGAAAAGGACAUGCAGAUGGAGGUGGAGAGUGAGAGUCAAUAUGAAGAGAUGACCCGUUUGAGUCACAGUCACUUCACAUCUAUUCGUGAGUUCAUUUUCAACUAUGCAAUCAUUGGACUUGUGGAGGGGCAACAGAGUUAUCGUACUCAAAUUGGAGGGCAUCUGGUCCGGCGUCUUUUAGCAAGAGUCUUUAUUUCUGCCACAGUUGUUCUUGGAGACAAUACUAUGAUGUCUAAGGAGCAGGCAACGGAGACAGUGGUGAUGCUACUGAGGGAUGAAGAUUAUGAAAUCAGACUCGAGACUUUGGAGACACUUCUUCAUUACCACCAGCAGCAGCAGCAACAGCAUCAGCAGUCAAAUGGCAAUACCAAUAGAGUUGGAGGUAGUAUUGACAUGGAAACCCAUCUGGAUACACAUGCGAUCCAUGACACUUUGAUCCAUAUUCUGUUCGAGGGAGAAGAUAAUCUGGAAUGUCUUCGAUUGGAGGUAGCCUUCAUAUCGAUCCUUGGCACUGAUAGACCUUUCCCCAAGGGUAGCCAGGUUGAGAUUGUCGAGUUCUGGAAUCGGCUCUUGAUGCGGAUUGAUGAUCGAGCUACUGGGGGUGUGGCCGUUGUGGAAGCGAUCUUGCCUGCUAUUGGAAAAGUCUUUGCUCAGAUCUGGAGUGAUAUCAGUGUUGAGGAGUCCUUGAGGAUUGAUUGCUUGAAUCGCUGGGCUGACUCGAUUCACAAGUUUGCAAACGAAGAACAGACACUCCAACUUCGAGAAGCAGCUUUGGAAUCGAUUGCUUUCUUUACCAACGACUUGUUGGAUCCAAAGCAGGCUCCACCAUCUGUGGACGUAACACGCGCAUACCUCAAACUUUUUGAGGCGCUGAUUUGGCAGUUGCAGGAUGAUGAACAAGAGGUUCGAGACGAGGCCACCUUGAUUGUCUCUCGUGCAAGUCGCCUACCCUAUGCUGUCUCUUCCGAAAAGGCCUUGACAUUAGUGUACGAUCAUCAACUUUGCUUGUUCGCAGGCCUUGGUGUUAAUGAGAUACAACUCCAACUUCUUGUUGAUUCCUUAAUCUCUAGUCUUAUGGGCACUAACAAGCCAGCUCGAGUCGUCAUUGAAUCUUUGCAGCCAAGCAAAACGCUAUUCAAUAAGGAAUCACCCAAUUUAUAUCGCGAACCAUUAAUAUCGAUCCAAUUGACUCUACGAUCUUUAAAGUCAAUCUUGUCAUCACGGCCUUCCUUUUCUGAUCUCCCAGUUUCGAUUCAAAAGAGAUUUGAGGCCUUCCAAAAGCAUUGUCUUCAGGAUACAAAAGAAGUUCAACAGGCGAUCGAAAAAUGGAGCGCUUCAAAGUUGGACGAAAGGAAUAAUAAUAAUGAUGGUGAUGGUGAUGGUAAUAAUAGUAAUGAUAAUAGUGGUGGUGCCAACGAUGACAGCGAUGACGGUGUCGAUGACGGUAGCGGUGAGAAACAUGUUGAUCGAUCCCCAUGGGGCGUCAGUGGUCGUAAACCUAUCUUUGAAGUGCUUUACAAAUUGGCAGGAGGGGCCAGUUUAUUGAACCCAGCUGUUGUUCAUUCUGAUAAGAGUAAUUUGUCAAACACUGACAGGGAUACUUUUCUGGAGAUCAUCCAUGACCCUUCCAAGAUACAUCCUGUUAUCGUCCACACAAGCCAACGCCAACAUGACACAUGUAAUUACAAUAGACAGCUGUUUUUGAUAGAAUAGAGAACGAAAGCAGUAAAUUAAAAGAUUAAAUAAUUUCAGGC